AUGAAGAAGACCUUGCCAUCUUUAACUCUCAGACCCAGGAGCAAGAUAAAAUCGACAUCACGUUUCAAACCACUCGGGACGCUGUCCAGCCAAGAUAUUUCUACAUUCCAAGCAUCGUCUUUUCAGCCAGAGCUCCCUGUAAUCUUCCCUCGAGGCCAUUUCAGCCAGCUCCCAGCCAUCCAAAAAUGGUUCUCAACGCCCACCACCACCGCCUUCUCCUCCUCCGCUGACAACUCCAAUACUCUGGCCCCGUCCAGUCUCAAUUACGCCUAUUUAGAGAAACAUAGUGAUUGCUCCGUUCCGGUCGAAUUCACUUUCUCUCAGCGCCCUGACUCACCAGAGACUCUUCAUUUCCAACGUCUACAUACACCCUUGGGCCUAUUCCUCAAAUGGACCAAAACGACUCAGCACAAUGCGGAGGGGAUUCCUCCCAAUGCGAAAUUAUACCUCGCCCAAUGCCAACUCCUCGACCUUCCCCCUGAACUUCGUCUAGACCUUCCAACACCCCCCCUCGUCUUAGAGGCAGGCAAGGGAGAUAUAUAUGAUACAAAUAUAUGGAUGGGCGUUCCACCCACGUACACACCCCUCCACCGAGACCCUAAUCCGAAUCUGUUUGUCCAGAUGGCUGGACGUAAAAUCGUCCGACUGUAUGCCCCAGACACCGGAUUAGUGGUUUUUGAGCGGGUUAGGGAGUCAAUUUUACGACGACAGAAGAAGGACGCAAGUGCAAAUAUAGGUGGGAUAACCGUGGGCGACGCUAAAUUCCGUGGAGAGGAGAUGAUGCAAGGGUUGGAAAAUAGAUUGCUGGAAAGAGAGGUGUGGGGGGAUACUAUGGAAAUCGGGGUUGAUGGAGAAGGUACAGAAGACACUACGGAAAUCAGGGAAGGAUUCGAAGCCCAUCUGAAUGCCGGAGAUGGGAUGUUUAUACCGAUGGGCUGGUGGCAUAGCAUUAAGGGGGUGGGUGAGGGCAUCACGGCUUCGGUCAACUGGUGGUUUCGAUGA